AACACACGAAUCUGUGUUUCCGCAAUGUCCACAAACGAGGAUUUUACCGUUAUUCCCCUGAAAUUUGUUGAAAGCGACGAAAGCGGACACCAAUUGCUUGUGAAGGAAAAUGCCUCGAAAGUGACAUGCAAGCAAAAACCAAUCGGAAGAACACUGUACGUACUGAAUGUUCCACCGUACGCGACGAAAAAAUCGCUUCAACUGGCGUUUUCAGCCGCCGGCAAUGUGGAACGGGUGGCUCUGCAGGAAAGACCAUCAAGCAAAGAGUCGGCCUCAAUCGACGAGAUGGCCUCGAAUCUGUUUAAGUUCAAAGUAGCAUACAUUGUGUUCGAGGAAUCAGCAUCUCUCAAGAAACUUCUGAAAUCGAAAAAAAUUAACGCCCUAAACGCCGAUGGUAAACUGCUGACCGGUGUACCCAAAUGGAUCCAGACCUACAAAAAGCGGGUGCCCGAUCCGGUUGCCUUGCAGAAGGAAAUUGAUGAGUACAUGCAGUCGUACGACGAAACGAUGGAGCAGAAAAAGAUCGAGGAAAGCGCCAAGAACGAAAGCGAGGAUGGAUGGGUGACGAUAUCAACGAAAAAUUCCAACGCCUUUUCCCAAAAGGAGUCGGUUGUGAAAAAGCUAGAGAAAAAACUGAAUAAUGAUAGCUCUACGAAGGAGUUGAAAAACUUUUACACCUUUCAAAUACGAGAGGCUAAGAAAAACGAUAUCAUAAGCUUGCGAAAAAAGUACGACCGCGACCUACAGAAAAUGGAGCAAAUCAAAAAGACAAAACGCUUCAAACCGUACUAGUAGUGUCGAUGGAUGUACAAUAAAAUCUAUAUUACUCAGAUAUCGCCUU